UGUUUUUACAGACAGAGACGCAGUAAUUCAGUGCUUCAGUCUUUUAUAGGUCAGAAAUGUCUGACAGUGUUUAUGAUGAUGUUACCUGCAUUGAGGAGCUCAACAAAGAAGAUAAAGUGGAGAUGGUGGUGGAUCUUUAUGAGAGUGCAGAUGCUCAUAGAGGAGAUAAGGUGGAGCAGUUGAUGGUUAUCUAUGAGAGUGCAGAUCGUGUUAGAGGUCAUGACCCCAUCACAGAGACAGAAGACACCAACACAAAGAAAACCCAGCAAACACGGAAAAAAGAGAGUCACACUGCAGACAGCAGAUUCUACAGACUGACUGCAGUGUGUCUGGGGCUGCUGUGUGUCCUCCUGCUGACGGCCACCAUAGCACUGUGGAUCAAACUUUACAGCUUAAUGACGUCAAAAGAGCAGUUACAGACCAACCUGACCACAGAGAGAGACCAGUUACAGACCAGUUACACCAACCUGACCACAGAGAGAGACCAGUUACAGACACAGAGAGAUGCAUUACAGAAGAGGCUGUCUGAGCUGGAGAAACACAUUAACAACCCAGAAUGGAGAUACUUCAACUACAGCCUUUACUACAUCUCUACUGCUAAGAAGAGCUGGAGUGAGAGCAGAGAGGACUGCAGACAGAGAGGAGCAGACCUGCUGAUCAUCAACAGCACAGAGGAACAGGACUUUAUUGAGAAGUUUAGAAGAGGUCAGAAGGCUUGGAUUGGUCUGACAGACAGUGAGACAGACGGUGUCUGGAAAUGGGUGGACGGCUCAGCACUGACCACUAAGUUCUGGAGAUCUGGAGAACCCAAUACACUAACUGAACACUGUGUAAUAAUUGGUCAGGGCUCUGAUCCUGUGAACAACUGGGCUGAUUUUACCUGUAACAACAAGUUUGUUUGGAUCUGUGAGAAGAGAAUAUUUGAAUAGCUGCAUGUUAACAGUUGAAGCAGCAGUUAUUUAUGUAUGAAAUACAUAACUGUCUAUAACUGUCUGUCUACUAAUUAGAUUUGGCCUGUGUUCUGAUUAUACCUGUUUGUUUAUUUAUAGUAGUGUAAACAGGGAUAAUUCUGAUGUUAAAACAAAGCCUGUUUAAAAGACUGAACUCUCUGUAGAAGAAUACACAAGGCCUGGUCUAACAUACGGCAAAAUCCCAGGAGAGCCACAGUUUUUAACUGUAUUGCAUUUGCAUGUUGAACUCAAUGAACUGAUCACUCUAUAGUGAUGACUUUCUGUGUUUUGGUCUCAGAGACUUUUUGUUUCUGUUAAAAUCACUCCUGGGGGAAGCCGUGCCUUGAUGUCUGAUUUUACCACCUUUUUCACUGCUCAUGAACGUACAUGUCUAAGCUCAAACUAUUUAAACUGCACAAUGUGAUCAUCUUUGUUUGAAUUAUUUCCAGGUAUUUAGAUUUGACCAUUUCACUAAAUGUGA